UCACUUCCAGCACGAGCAGCGAUCAGGAACUCCAGAUCGACCGAUUGGGAGGGCAGAAUCUGACAACAAUUGGCUGUAAUUUUCCAAGAAUGGACCGGAACCUGAUGGUGAUUGACUGGAAUGUUACAACAAUGGACAGGGAUUAUUACUGGGAUAUGUUGUCUCUUUCUACUUUUUAUUAUAUGUUUCCAUUACCAAUACAAAUCCAAUAUAUCGUUUCCAUGAUUGAAUUUUUUUAUUACCCCAUCCUGGCAAUCAUUGGUGUUCCUGCUAACAUAAUCGUAGUUCUCAUUCUCUGCCGGGGCAAGUGUGGGCUCUCAAAGUGCAUCACUCGUUACCUGGUAGCCAUGGCCUUAUCGGAUCUCCUGGUCAUUGUAACUGAGGUCAUACUCCGCCGAAUAAACAAUUAUACUUUCCAACUAAAUGUCCUGAAACUCACUGCUGUAUGUCGCCCUCUCUAUGUCGUUAUCCGUAUUUCCAUAGAUUGUUCUGUCUGGUUUACUGUCUCUUUCACUUUUGAUCGAUUUGUUGCCAUUUCCUGCCAGAAGCUGAAAUCUAAAUAUUGUACUGAAAAAACUGUGACUGUGGUUCUAGCAACAAUUACAGUUCUCUUGUGUUUGAAAAGCAUUCCUAUCUACUUUAGAUAUAAACCUCGAUGGAUAACUGACAAUGUGGAAUGGCGCUGUUCUAAUACACAAAGCUACUUUAGAGAUCCAAGGUGGGCUGCAUUUAGAGUGUUUGAGAAGGUUUUAACACCACUAUUGCCAUUCAUUUUAAUUCUGUUGUGCAAUACUCUAAUAGUCAGAUACAUUUUGAUGGCCAAUCAUGUCCGCAAGGGACUGAAGCAACAGAAAAUGCAUAAACAUCACAAUGACCAAGAGGUGCAGAGCAGGAGGAAGUCUAUGGUAUUACUUUUCACCAUAUCAGGCAACUUUAUCCUCCUGUGGUUGGUUUACAUCCUAUAUUUUUUCGAUUUUGAUGGUUACAUAGUUGACCCUUUCGGUGUGCUUGAACAAGUUGCUUAUAUGCUGAGAAAUUUAAGUUGCUGCACAAAUUCUUUUAUUUAUGUGGCGACUCAGUCCAAGUUCAGACAGCAAUUGAAGGCCGCAGUGAAAUAUACCCUAAUACCAAUUUAUAAACUCCUGAAUAAACAAAGCAACUGA